AUGAUCGGCCAGCUGACCGGCGAUGACAUCGCCACUGCAGUCAACAACGACUUGCAGCCGCGUCUGUCACACAUUACCGACCUAGUUCCUGCAUCUUCCCAUGCCGGGGUAGCAAGUCCCCUCACCACAGCAAAUCCGUCCCUAUCGUUGCUGGCGGACGUUGCAGAACAGUGGACAAGCGACCAGCCGCAAACGAUUGCCGUGCAGUCUCUACCGGCCGUACCAGCCAGGUCAUAUUCGGUUAACCAUGUGUCCACUAGUGAAGCCAGCCCCGGCCAGCAUGUCGGUCCGUCUCCGUCCUCGUCCAUGCUAGGUGGUACCAGGGUAGCCAGCUAUUUGGGAGACUCUGGGUACAUGCAGAUAUUCAGUGGCAAUGGGACAGUCGAGAACACCAACACGAUCCCCACUGCCCUGCAGAACACCACCCAACUACCCCCGCCGGCGUUGCAGGAGAGUUAUCUGGAAACAUAUCGAAACUACUGCUAUACAUGGUGUCCCGUCCUAGAUCAUACGGACGAUGGCAGCAUUACAGCAACACAGGAGUCACCUAUCCUCCAGUAUGCCCUAGCGCUCGUCGGAAGUCACAUCGAGCCUCCCGUACUCCCCCAUUCUGAGCCAGCUGUGUAUUACAAACAUGCCAAGGACGAAUUUUACAACAAUCAGGAGAGAAACCCGCUGCUUGCUAUCUCUGCCAUCAUGCUCUUUUACUGGUGGGGUCCGGGCCCGCCAGAUGUCAUGAGUAUUGACUCGUCUUGGUGGUGGACAGGGGUCGCAAUCCGCCAAUCCCAGCAGCUCGGCUUACAUCGUGAGCCACGAGAUGGGCAGAUUUUAUUACCUGGGGAGACACCAGAGUUGCGAAGGAGGAUAUGGUGGACAUUGUUUGCUCGGGAACGUCUCACAAGCAUCUGCAUGGGCAGACCAUGCAUGAUUGAUCCAGAUGACUGCAAUAUCAAAGAGCUCACUGUUGCUGAUUUCCCGUCAUCAUGUCGCAACCGAGCGGAAACGUUUAUUUACUGGGUCAAGCUGUGCGCGAUCAUCGGCCAUGUCAGCAAGUUCCUUGUCAGACGUACGGAGUCCAGUCCGUUUCCCAUGCACCUCGCUCAGCAGCUCAAGGACUGGGUUGAGAGCCUCCCGCCGCGCCUUCAACUACCAAUACAUGGGCAGAGAACCAUCAAUUUCGACCACGAGAUCCAUCAGCUCCACCUCCCUUAUUUAACUACGGUAACAUUAUUAUACAUGAGCAAGACGUCUCGAUCACUGCCAAAGGCUUACAAGGCCGCUGUUCUGGCGUCUUGCUGCGUGGCACGUGUUUUUGAAGACUUCACGGCGAGAGGUUCACUUCGAUUCCUCCAGGGCAUGGCAGGAUGGAGCAUCGCUAUUGCCAUCGUUGCCUUGCUGCAUGCACGUAAAGAUGCAAGGCUAGCCGCGGCCGUGAAUGUCGAUAUCCACAUUUUGCGUGUUGCUCUGAGAGAAAUAGCGAAGACGUGGCAUUCGUCUCGAAUGUUUGAGCGUGGGUUCGAAAAGCUCGAUCAUGAUGAAGCCGCCCAACAAGCCCCUGUACAGAAUGGCACCGAGAAUGAGGCGGCGUUUGGUCUCAUGGCUGAGCAGGGUUCGCUUUCUGAUCCAGAAUCACCUUGCGACAUAAUUGAAUGGCGGGACUUUUUCCCUUAUCUCACGCCGGACACAAGACCACUUGCCGCUAUUGUUCUUGCACCAACCCCAACGAUUCAGUUUGCCGACUUGGACUGGCCCGAUGAUAUGAACUUGGAGCUCUCGGGACUUUUUGAUCCAAGGAUUGAUCCAAACUUCUCCAUGUUCUCUUUCUAA